AUGUCGAACGCGAGACGAAAAGCGUUACGGGACUUUUAUCGUCUCCCGCCAUUGGAAGAAAGACAGGACGAAUCUUCGCGAUCCUCGUCUUCUCAUCCAGAGGAUUCAAGUGCUGAUACCGCCGAAACCGAUCUGAGCCAAUUUACCGAAUUUAGCAACACAGAAUUCGAUGCUGAAGCUUACGUGAAAAAAAUUGCCGAGACUGCCAGUCCUAAAGAGCUUUUCGAUACGGAACGCUCUCUGUCUUCAGCAAUUCGUCAGCUUUCUGGUGAUCAUAAGUCUUUGGUUUAUAAUCAUUACACACAUUUACUUCGUGCCAGUCGUGCAAUUGAGCAGGGGCCUCGGCCUUUUAAACAGUUGUGCUCUGAAGUAUCUGAUUUACUACCUGAAGACAAGGACCCAGGGUCCUCGGGAUCAGUCUCUGUGAAAGAGAAGGAAUCGUCACAAAGUUUGUAG